CCGACAGAAUGAUCCUUCCUCGCGAAGAAAAGCCGCAUAAGUUGACGGCAUUCACCGUCACUUGACGUCUGACGCUUGCAAUCAGUGGUUCCCUCCUUCCCCCCCCCCCCCCCCCCCCUCCCUCUCUAUCUCUCUCUCUCACACACAUACACACUCUGACUAUCACAUCAUCAUCUUCUUCGCAUGCGGCGUCUUGAAUGCAUUUCAUUAGGAUCUCAUUCGGUUCGGAAAUCUAAGGUAUUUUGACCAUUAUUUGCGUGGAGAAGAUACUGGAUUUGCAUAAAAAGAUUCUAUAUUUUGCAAACGAUCAUGUAUGAGCAUGAUCCCGAUGUUGUCUGGUGGGGUAUCCAGCUUUUUGAAGGCGAUCCUUUCUCAAAUAGUGGGUAUUAUGGUGGUGUGACACAAAAUAAUGCUGAUUACUACCAUGGCCAUUAUUUCAAAGAAGACCAUUAUGAUAGUGGAUGUCACAGUGUGGAUAAUGAUGAGUUCACUGCGCAUGCUCUCCAAGAACUAUCACAACUUUCUGUUGUAGAAGCACCUGGAUCCCCUCAAGGGAUAGAACACUUGCAAGCACCAUUUUGCUCCCAUGACUUGCUUGGCCAAUCUAUGGGAAACUACAAUUAUGGUGUUGAAGAACUUGACAAUACAGAUUAUCAUGAUGGCCAUAAAGAGGCAGACGAUGUAGGACCGUGUAGUUCACGUAGUAGCCCUGGAGGAGAGUCAGAUUUUGGCGAAGAAUGGUCAUAUGUACUCGAACUCACAGGUGAAUAUGCUCUUGAUGGUGAAGUGGGCAAAAGGUUGAAUCAGAUGAUUCCUAUUCCGCAUGUCCCUAGAAUUAAUGGGGAGAUACCUUCUGUUGAUGAAGCAACUUUAGACCAUCAGAGACUGCUGGACAGGUUGCAGUUAUAUCAGCUGGUGGAGGUUAAGGUUCAAGGGGAUGGAAAUUGUCAGUUUCGUGCUCUAUCAGAUCAGUUUUAUCGCACUCCUGAGCACCACAAAUUUGUCAGACAGCAAGUUGUGAAUCAGCUUAAGUCCUGCCCAGAGAUAUAUGAGGGAUAUGUCCCCAUGGCUUAUGGUGACUAUUUGAGGAAGAUGUCCAAGAACAGUGAAUGGGGGGAUCAUGUUACUUUGCAGGCGGCCGCAGACUCGUAUGGGGUGAAAAUAUUUGUCAUAACAUCAUUCAAAGACACCUGCUACAUUGAGAUUCUUCCUAAUGUUCAAAGAUCAAAUCGAGUUAUAUUCUUGAGCUUUUGGGCUGAGGUGCACUACAACUCAAUAUAUCCUUAAGUAGCAUUCAUGCUCCAGUUCUGCCUGCAUUUGCAACCAAGAGG